AUGGAGAGUGCAAAGAACAAGGAGUGCAACUCCACAAAGAAGACAGAGGAAGAAUAUAUGAGUUGCAAAUUCAAACGUACAUCAGUAGAUGCCGAAGAGGGACAGGGGGCUUCUGGUAAACCAGAUAUACUAGAAAACUCGGCAACGGAGACCAAAAGAAAAAGAUCUAUAAAAAAUAACAGAGCUUGCUGUCCACGAAAAAUGCCACAAUGUUGUGACAGUGUGAAACCUCAGAAGAAGACGAUGCCAAUUCCUCCUUUACCUUCUAUACUGCCGCCUGUCAAUCUGAUUCACAGGGAUGUUGUGCGCGCUUGGUGCCAGCAGUUAAAACUGAGCACCAAAGGCCCGAAACUAGAUGGAUAUAAACGACUCUGUGAACAUGCCUACCCUCAUCAAAAAAACAUUCCUGCCACAGCCGAGGAGGCCAGGAUCCUAUCACUAUCGAGAAGAAAAUCACUGAUGGACAAGGGGGAACUACCUCUGGAAUGUUCUGAUGACAAGAUGUCUUCUGAAGUGGCUGCUCCUCCUGAGGAGGGAGCACCUGCCCUUGAAGGAGCUUCUACUCUUCAGGAAGUUGUAUCAACUUCUGCCUCUGACCCGGGAACUGUGUUUGCCUCUUGGAGCAGAAUGACAGCCAGGGCCGUGAAGAUGGAGUCGGUGCAAUCACAAGAGACCUGUGGGGUCUGCUGGUGUGUGGUUCACGGGAGAGGUCUCCCUGCUAACAGAGAGGGCUGGGUUCAUUUACAAUUUCAUGCCGGACAGGCUUGGGUGCCUGAAAAACGAAGGAGGGUGUCUGCGCUCUUCUUGCCACCUGCGGGCAAUCUUCCUCCCCCACACCUGGAGGACAACAUGCUAUGCCCUGAGUGUGUGCACAGGAAUAAAGUAUUAAUGAAAAGCCUGCAGUGA